AUGAACAGUCCACCGCAGCACGCAGAUGUCGCCUCCCUCCUGGCAGCUGCGGGCGGCCACCAGCCGCCGCUCAACGGCCGCGUGUCCAUCGUGACCGGUGGCGCUGGCGGCAUUGGCGCCGCUGUCACCGCGCACCUCGCAUCCCUCGGCGCUCGCGUCGUCGUCGGCUACAUCGGCGACUCGGCACCCGCGGACCAGCUGGUCGCAUCCCUCAACGCGGCCGCAGGCAGCUCCGGACCACGCGCGGUCGCGGUGUGCGCCGACGUGUCGGACCCCGUGCAGGUGGAGCGUCUGUUCGACGAGGCGCAGGCGGCGUUCGGGCGCGACCUCCACAUCGUGGUGGCGGCCGCCGGGUUCCAGGACGCCGCGUACCCGGCCAUCGCGGACACCGAGCCGGAGCAGUGGGACCGCGCCUUCGGAGUGAACGCGCGCGGCACGUUCCUGUGCUGCCGGCUGGCGGCCCGGCAGCUCGUCAGAGGCGGCGGCGGGCGGAUAGUCACCUUUUCGUCGUCGAACGUGGGGUCGCUCCGGCCAGGGUAUGGCGCGUACGUGGCGACGAAGGCCGCCGUGGAGGCCAUGACCAAGGUGCUGGCCAAGGAGCUCGCCGGAACUGGCAUCACGGCCAACAGCGUGGCGCCGGGGCCGGUGGCCACGCCCAUGUUCUUCGCCGGGAAGUCCGAGGAGCGCGUGAGGGCCGUCGCCAGCGAGUGCCCCAUGAAGCGCAUCGGCGAGCCAGCGGACGUGGCGCCGGUGGUCGGCUUUCUCUGUAGUGACGCCGCCGGGUGGAUUAACGGCCAGGUGAUUCGGGUCAAUGGUGGGUACGUGUAGUUUCUGCCGUUUGCUCAUAUCUGAUGUGCGUGUAACUCUAUUACAAACGAGAAGGUCCACUCGGUCGAUCUCCACGUUGUCACGUCGAUUUACAUGAACUAGAUGACUUGUUGCGCCAAUGACGCAAAAGGUGAGAUCAAACCAAGCAUUUUAAGAAUAUUAAGAAAGGUAUGAGAUCAGUUCAUGAUAGCAUAUUUACAUUGCUUUUAUGAGGCAAACUACAUAGGCAGAGGUCCAUCAUAUAGAAAGC